GAGGGGGAGAGAGCCAUGACAAAGGACAACAACCUUCUAGGCAAAUUUGAGUUGACUGGCAUCCCUCCCGCUCCUCGUGGUGUGCCACAAAUUGAAGUUACCUUCGACAUUGACGCCAAUGGCAUUCUCAAUGUGUCCGCAGUGGACAAAAGCACUGGAAAAGAGAACAAGAUCACAAUCACCAAUGACAAAGGUCAUUUGAGCAAGGAAGAAAUUGAACGUAUGGUACAGGAAGCCGACCAAUACCGAGCAGAGGAUGAAGUCCAGAAGGAGAAAGUCACUGCCAAGAACACUUUAGAGUCCCUGGCCUUUAACAUGACGAGCACUGUGGAGGAUGACAAGCUGAAGGACAAGAUCAGUGCAGAGGACAAAAAAACUAUUGACAAAUGCAUUGAGGUCAUAGCCUGG